GGCAGGUAAAUAUUAUUGUUAUUAAAUAAUCUGUUUAUGACUUCGAGUGGUUUUUUCGCCAGUAAUUUAUAUAAAACACAUGUAAGGGUAAUGUUUUGUUUACGUUUAUGUUGAUGUCGAAGUACAAUACUCCAAGUUCUGUCAUUAUUUAUGUAACAAUUUAAAGUAUAAACCCUAUAUUGCCUUAUUUGCAAUGAUAAUAAUAGUAUUGAUAUUUAUUGUUUUGAAAAUAUGGACAACGAUCUUUGUUUUCGUCGAUGGUAAACGGUGAUUGGUGUAUCACAGAGUAGAUAUACUAUAUACACGGAAAAAAAACAUUUAAUCACCUUCGCCGGUUUUGUUCCUUACUGAACUAGGAGGAAUAUCUACAAUGGUGCAUGGAUCAAUAUAUCACAAUAGAAUUUGCGUUUUGCUAACACAAAAUCUAUGCGAUUGCCGAAAGCUUGUAUUCAUUGAUCAAUUAUAAAAACCACAUUAAAGCGCAAUUCUUUUGCCUAUAGACAUUUACAGAAAGUGCUUGAGUAAAGUUCUUUCAGAGGCUCAGCUUCGAGACCUUGACUACGCCAGGCCGGACCCAGAACGAGGCUUGGGCAGAGUUUGUCUCUUUGGCGAUCACCAUGGUUUCAAGCAAGGUUAUUGUAGAAAUUGUGGUCGCCCAUUUGAUACCUCUUUUACCUCGCUCGCCGUGUGACUUCCAUCUUGAGCGCUCAAGAAAAAUGCGUGGACUUCAAAUGCCUUACGGUUGCUGUGGCCGAGCUUUCGGGUCAAAAGGAUGUCAGGCGGUUUCUACUCAUGUGCAUAAAGGAAAUUUGUAUUUGGACACCGACGGGUUUAAAGUCACAUCGCAACUAAAGACACCACGUGACGGGAAUUAUGGUGUAUAUGCUCUUGACACAGAGUCGGUCCACACUACGAAGGGAAUUGAAGUGUGCAAACUGACAGUUCUUGACACCAACUGUCGAGUGGUGUACGAUCAAUUUUGUUUGCCAACAAGUGAAAUUGUUGACUACAACACCAUAUAUAGUGGUAUCAGAAAAGAGGAUUUAAAUGGUGUAACCAAAACAUUUGAAGACGUCCGUAAUGAUCUUCUAGAAUUGUUCAAGAGAGACACAAUUUUAGUUGGACACAGUCUUUUUAACGACUUUAAUUUGCUUAAGGUAUCCGUGACGUGACGUGACGUCGAAGCGAAAACGCGGCCCUUCGACGGUGUGCUAAGUAUUCAUCCACGGUCUGCCACGGAUAUAUAAAUGUUGCUUCAAGG